AAACAAAAUUAUUCACAAUCACAAGUCAUCAUUCUUUUCGAAAUAUAUGUUUUCGGACUGUCUUUAGAGUUUAAAAUGAAAAAAAUAUUAUCAUUAUCGCCAUAGCAAUGAAUUUUAAUGUUCAAAAUUUCAAUGUUUCAAAAUGGUCACAAAAAGAGGUGGAGACGAACUGUCAAAUUCGUAUAUAAAUGAAGUAGGCUGCGAACGUCUCCCUUUUAUAACCUCAAAAAUGCGCGAGAAGUAAUAGUUCUAUAGACAAAUUUAACUAUUUUUCCUGUUUAAUUGGUGUUAUAGUGAACGUACAUACAAAAUGCCGUUGAAGAAGAGAAAAUACAAUGCUAGAUUUCCACCAGGACGUAUCAAGAAGAUAAUGCAGACGGAUGAGGAGGUGGGGAAAGUAGCACAGGCAGUCCCCAUCAUAAUUUCGCGCACCUUAGAGUUGUUCGUGCAAUCAUUGCUGACUAAAGCGAUGCACGUGACCUUGAACAGAAACGCUAAGACCCUCAGUCCAUCGCACGUGAAGCAAUGCAUCCUGGCUGAAUCCAGAUUUGACUUCCUGAAGGAUCUGGUUAAAAAUAUACCAGAUGUAUCAGCGGCGGAAGAGAAAGAGAUGAUGAGUGCUGAAAGCUCGCCGAAUUCUUCAAGAUUUUCAGACGUCUCUGUACCGCCGCGGAGGAUAGGCAGGGAGGACUCCAACAGCUCGAGCAGUUGCGACGUCAAAGUUCCAAUAACCCCGACAAAUCUCAUCCGAGAUCCGUUGAAGCGGGCCGUCUCCUCGGAAACCGAGAUCCCGCCGAAGCCAGCGAUCCCAACGAUAACUUCCAACGAUGUAGCGAUAGAUCUAUCCAAGAAGUCGGCGGAAGAGAAACGUCCAGUGCGGACGGCGAACUUCUACCAGGAGACGCUCUCCGACGAGACGGAGCAUCGGAGCGUCAUCACCGUGAACCCGACGUACUCCAGUCCGCAGCCGUCGACGAGCUACACGAAAUUAAAACCAAUAGAACUCCCGCAUAAGGUCGAAGUUGUCGUGCCAAAAAAGUUUACUGUGUUACCGUCUAUGCCUAAGACACCGGUGACGCCGCGGACGCCCGUCACGCCGAUACUAAACAUAGAUUUUACCAAAAACAUAGCGAAUCCGGAAAUUAAAGUUCUAGAUACGGCCGCGGCGAACAUAAUCGCGGUGCCGAAGAACGAAAGGAAAUACUUGCACAGGCAGAAUUCUAAACCUAGAGACGUCAAGAGAUUCGAAACGCGAUCGGUCCCCACGCAGGCGCAUCCAGUCGAUUUAGAUCACUUGAAUUCCGGGAAUCUACAGAUCGACGAAGACUACGAUACCUGAAUUAUAACUUUGUAAGUUUAAGUUUUUUUUUUUACGUGUUUUUGUUGUCAGUACCACGCGAAAAGAAUGUGUUAAUUUUGACGAAAACAUAAUAAUAUGUGCUGUUGAAGUAUGGUUCGGUUCGAUUUUCGUAUGGAGGGUAGAUGUAAGACGGGUCAUCUUGUAUAAUAUGGAAUUAGAAAUCACGACUCAAAAUAUUUAAAAAAAUAUAAUUACAACGGUAGAUUGGUGGGUGGCGCAUUUACGUCAUAGAUGUCUAUGGGCUCCGGUAACCACUCAACACCAGGUGGGCUGUGAGCUCGUCCACCCAUCUAAGCAAUAAAAAAAAUACAAAAUACAAUUUUCAACAAUUAUUAAUUUUAAAUACCAAUGACAAAAUGUGGGUAACUAAAGCCGACUGAGUUUCUCGCCGGAUCUUCUCAGUGGGUCGCGUUUCCGAUCCGGUGGUAGAUUCUGCGAAGCACGGCUCUUGCUAGGGUUCGUGUUAGCAACGUCGUCAGGUUUGAGCCCCGUGAGCUCACCUACUAGUUAAGGCGCCGCUGAUAUAGCCUCUCAAGGCUAUCAGCUUAGGUAGAAAAAAAAAGGGUAACUAAGUUGACACGCGAAUGUACCACGUCCGUCUCUCCCUGGUGAUCAGAAAGAAGCCGUGAAUGAGGCAAUAUGUUAGUGGUCCCCCCAACUCCCCUCUUCAACUCCGACCGGUCCGAAGUCGCUGCUGUAUUACGUCAGCAGGCCACGCCCACAUCCAAGGUCUUCUUUCCUUAGAAUGGGACAAGUUGAAAAAGUUUCACACCGAAAUGGCGCUAGAGUAGGAAGUGGAAAUUAUAUCGAGUGGCGAAAGUUUAUUUGGCUUAAAUGAAAUGUUUGCAACUUUACAGGAGAUAUAUUUAAAGUUUAAACUUUAGAAAAAAAUUCAUAACAAAACAAACUUCUUCAGUUAUUUGAAUGGUGUAAACUUUAUCGAAGUUGAAUUAAAAACAUCGGACUGUUAUUGCUAAUCUUUAUAUAUAAAAAUGAAUUGCUGUUCGUUAGUCUCGCUAAAACUCGAGAACAGCUGGACCGAUCUGGCUAAUUUUGGUCUUGAAUUAUUUGUGGAAGUCCAGAGAAGGUUUAAAAGAUAGAUAAAUAUGAAAAUGAUUGAAAUUAAAUUUAAAAAAACAAUUUUUCGGACGGAUUCCUUUUAUUUGUUUUAAGUUUAUUUUAUACCAAAUCUUAGGUAUUUUAUUUUUCGAUUGAGGCACUACGAAGCCUGCCGGGUCAACUAGUACCAAAUAAAACGCUCUUUUAAUUACAAAGAUAAAUGUCGCGUAUCAAGCGAAAUGUCGUUUAAACCGAAUAUCAUUUCACGCCACGAAUUAUGAAUACAGUAGUUUUAAACAGAGCGAAAUGUGCUGGUUUGAAAAGCUUACUAUACUUCAUGAGUUGAGUUGUUAAAAAAAUAUGCAGUGCUUAAAACCUGAACUACGAGUAUUUAUCUAUACUUCUAUACUAAUAUUAUAAAGCUAAAGAGUUUGUUUGUUUGAACGCGCUAAUCUCAGGAACUACUGGUCCAAUUUGAAUAAUUAUUUCAGUGUUAGAUAGCCCAUUUAUCGAAGAAGGCUAUAGGCUAUAUAACAUCACGCUAAGACCAAUGCAAGCGGAACACCGAUAAAAAAUGUUUCAAAAUCGGUUUUUUUUUCCUUUUGAGAGCUUCCGCUGCGUGCGCUGCAGAAACGGUAAAAAUAAUGUUUGACAAAAUUGUUCCCCUUUAAUGAUCUAAAAAAAAGUCCGCGACAGCAUUUUAUUAUGUCUAUAUGUUAAGGUUGGCUCACUAUAACGUUUUUUAUGCUAACCAAAUUUGUUCUAAAACAAAGCAUUAUUUGUGAACUAUUCCACGCGGACGAAGUCGCGGGCAAAAGCUGGUCUUUAAUACAAUUUACGUAGAAAGUGUUUAUUUCCGUCUUAAUUUAUUAUCCUGCUGUAAUAAUUUACAGCGCUGUUUUUAAAAUCUUUCCACUUGUUACUGUGGCGCCACCUGUCAGCGGACACUUUUUAAUACACUGAGACGAUUCUCUUUCCUUCUACCCUCCAUAGGUUUACGUGAAUCGCAGAUUUCAUUUAAGUCUUAAGUCCAAUCUCGUUCUAAUUAACGACAGUAAAUGACGCUAAGACUAAACCGCGGAAGUGAUUUAUAAUGAAUGCGCUCUAAGUAAUUUUGUUAAACUACCCUCGCGCCAAUACAAUUAUCUCGUAUUGCUUACGAGUUAUUUUCAUGUGUGUGAAUACGAUGCGAGGUGUUUGGAAAACUGGUUAUUUUGGUAAAAAAUUAAACUUAUGUUCAUUAAUAUAAUGUAAUGAUGUAAGGAAGUCAGAGAGAGAGAGAGCGAGACAGAGUGAUUGUAAUUUUUAUAUGUAUGUAUGCUGAAUGUGGAUGCGAUCGUUUGAAGUUUUCUUUUUUUUUUUUGAAAUAUUGUUUUGUAUCAUUAUAUAGCUCCUUUAGAAUUGAAGUGACUUAACUAAAAAUUUUAAUGAGUUUUAUUUAUUUUAAACGACAAACGUGUAUAGUAUCUGUUUAAAAAAUUGAAUUUAAAUUUUUUCCUACAAAAAGACAAUCCGUCUUUUUUAAAUCAAGCGCACACUUUAAACUUUACGAUGUACGCUUUAAGGCUUAAAGUAUUAAAACCGAAACUGAAAAAAUACUAUUCUUCAAUUACAUUUUUGGCGUAUACCAAAAAAAAAGAAUUUUUGAUUUAACCACUUAAAUUCUAAAGGUGCGUUAUCAUACUUAGUUCGAUUUCUUUUAAGCCGUAAAUAUAUGUAUACUUUGCUAUAUCUAUAUAUUUACUCAGGCAGACUCGUAUUUAUCAAAAACGCAGCAAUAAAAAUGUAUUUAAUUACAUUGUAUAUAUAUAUAUUUCAAAAAACUAUGAGCUUAGGUACCUAACUAUGGUAUAUGUCCAGAGUACGACAGAGAUAGCGUGAUAUACCCACUGCAUACCUCAAUGUGCUCACUGCGAAUUUUUUAACGUUCUCGAUAACGUAAAAGUUAACUCAAAUGUGUAUGGAGUUGGAACGUUUGCGUACGUAUGCCGCUAGGGGCGCUGUUGCCUCAUUUAACAACUAAAUUCAAACAUACUUACUUGUAGAUGACGUCAUUGACUAUCAUUUAUUCAUAUAUAAAAAGGAACCAACGUAACUUGAACUGUACAAUUCGUAUGUCUGCAAGCAAUUUAUAUUAUAACGAAGGGUGAAAGGAUAUUUGGUUUGAGCGACAUUUUUGAAAUUUAGGGUCAUUUCGUGGUUUAAAAUUUUAGAAAAAUUAACAUAACAAAAUAAAGUCUUUUGCUAUUUGAAUGGAGUAAAUUUAAUUAAGGUUCAAUUAAAAAUAUCGCACUGUUGAUGCGUUUCGAUACUAAUACCAAAUAAAAUGCACCUUUAAUUACAAAGAGAAGUGUCGCGUAUUACUAAUCCACGGAGUUUCUCGCCGGAUCUUCUCAGUGGGUCGCGUUUCCGAUCCGGUGGUAGAUUCUGCGAAGCACUGCUCUUGCUAGGGCCAGUGUUAGCGACACUCCGGUUUGAGCCCCGAGAUCUCACUUACAUGUUAGGGCGAAGCUGAAAUAGCCUCUCAAGGCUAUCAGCAUAGGUAGGAGGGAAAAAAAAAGAGAAAUGUCGCUUAAACCCAAUAGUCUUUCACACCUCGAUAUGAAUUUAAAUAGUUAAUGACACAUACCACCGUUGGGACUUAACAUAAAAAUAACAUUAAACAAUUCUAAUAUACUUAAGGUCGAUGUCUAUAUAUCUAAUGAAAUGUAUCUGUAUCCUACAGUGGGUUCCUCACUAGACCAGCUCAAUACCACAAUGUCGUAUUGUCCUCAGAAUACACACAUAUGACGUGUCUGCUGAACAUACAGUGAUGCGGUACGCGUGGAUGGCUCCAUCCACUUCUGUGUACGGACAACACCACUUAACACCAGAAGAGCUGUCAGUUAGGCUGCCCAACCCAUAAAAGAAUCGUUUCGGAACAGACAGACACAUCUAGUUGAUUUUGAUAUUAAUAUAAAUACGUAGAGUCUUGUAAAAGCCAAAAUGUGUUUUCUGUAUGUAUGAAUGUAACUUAAUAGAUAAAAUAGCUUUAUAAGUCCGUUAUAAAAAUAUUGUCUAUAGUCGCAUUUUUUAUUAGAUGAAGUCAACUGACGUUUCCUGUGUUGUCAGUUUUUGAUGAAAUAAAAAUAGUGUUGUGACAAAGUGAAUGAUUGAAAAACUCCUGAAUGAAUGAAAUUGCCUCGAUUGUCUAGUGAAUAGUUAGUGUACCGAACUGCCGAUAUCAGGUACGGGGUUAAAAUUUCAGUCGUGCUUUGUACAUACCAACGAGCUUUCGACGAUUAUGUUCUUAUAGUGUCUGUACCUAUACUGAAUACCGAGUAUUUUAAACAUUAACAUUAAUUAAAAACAUUGCGAGGAAACUUGUAAGACUGUCCUAUUUUCAAUACAUCAUGUAGUUGGAACUAUAGAUGUAUAAAAUAUGACAAUUAUAGGUAGGUAACGAAAAUUAAAAAAAACUGAUUGUAGUUACAUACUACUAGUAACUUAUAUCAGAGCACUUUAAUACAAUUUUAUUGUAAAAUAGAAAUAAUAUUCUUUUAUAGUUUGAAAUAAUUAACUCUUCACACUCAUUGUUCAUUCAUGUGAUUGAACGAGAACUGAACGCAUCACUAUUAAUUUAAAUAUGGCAUCAUUAUUUUACAAAGUGACGUUAGCUGUCAGUUGGCUUCGUCUAAUUAAAAAUACGGCUAUAGUGUUAUUCAUUCUGACUUCAUUGAUGACUUCGAUUCAUCAGUUUGGCUUAUAAAGCUCCGAAAACUCCUUGUCAAUAAGAGUAUUAAACGCUUCAAUAUUCAUUAAUAAUAUUUAAACUUGAGGUUUUAACGAAUUGUAGCAAAUGAAGUUUUUAUCUAGAAUUCUGUAGUGUUGUUAAAAAAUUUAAUCGACUAUAAAACGUUCCAAAUUUUAUCUAUAGCAAUAAUGACAGUUGACAUUUAUUAUAAUGUGUUACCAGAAUAUAAAAUGUAGACUUUAUGAAGAAAAAAAAAAGUAGCCAACUAGUGAGGUAUAUAAUGUUGUUGAUAGUAGAUAGAGAACUCUAGAUGCAUUUACCAGAAUUUGAUAGUUGAUUGUGCUGUACGUGGAAUAUGUAGUCAAAUCAUCAACAUUUAGUAUGUGUUGUGCCAGAUUUAAAAUAACUGUUAUCACAAACACGUUUUGGUUAAAGACGCAAAACUGUUUAAAAUGUUCGCGAUGAAAAAUUACAUGUUAAUUUUAAUGUAAAUGUACAUUUUAAUGUUUAAUGGGACAUGAUCGUGUGAAUGUAUAAUACAGAUUAAAAAUAUUUGUUCUAUUUAA